AUGAAAAGACUUGAAAAUGUGGAGCAUAAAAUUGUCAAGGGUCGAAAUGCGAACGGUGUCACGAGAGUAGUUGGCAACAGAGUGUACCUGAAGGUGAACAUCAAAGAUGAAGAGCAACUUUAUCCGCUUGUUGAAUUCGACAAAAAUCAAUUAUCGAUGCGUAUCAGUCGACUUGAGAGCCAGAAACCGAAAGCGGAGAAACGCAUCGAUACUGUGGAAGGCGUAGCUCAAGCUGUCUACAAACGGCGAAAGGACAUUGCAAGAUUUUCCGGUGCGCAAGUUGACGAGACUGGUAUUGGCAUUGGAGAGGACACAGUUCCUGUCGAAUCGUCCGACCGCGAUUGGAUGUUCAUGCCAGUUUUAUUCAUAUGCGCGUUUACUAUUACCGCUCUCGUUUCGGUGUUAGCGGUUCAUCUCAUGAAGAAUCGUCGCUAUUACAACAACAAUAUCACGCAUAAUAUUGACGAUAUCGAGGGAAAGAGCAGCCUUGCCUAUCAGGAGCUUUGUCGCCAGCGAAUUGCCCAGGAACCUCCUGGUUCUGGACGUGGAAGCAAGAGCUCGUCCACAUCAAGUUGGUGUGAGGAAGCCGUACAACAGUCUAGCAUCGAUAUCUCAACCGGUCAUAAUUUCCUACAAGAAUGUUUGGCUGAUCCGACAAAGAUAGAGGCACAGUGGGAUGCAAUUCGUGACUACCGUAACACUGAUAAACACACAACCAUUGGUACGGAACAUCCACAGCGUAACAGAACUAUAGUGCCAUUUGAUGAAAGUCUUGUACCCGUUGACUCUUGGGAAGAGGGCAAGAUGGAGUAUUUGAAUGCCAGCUUCAUAUACGACGAUGACCCACGGUAAAU